AUGACCCCCUUUCUCUCCUCUUCUUCUGGAUCUCUGCUUGCUCUCGGUCCUCAUCACAAUCGUGCACCACCUCACCUCUGGCCCUUCCUCCCUCGCAGUUGUAGCCUCGUCGCUAAUCCAUCACAGCAUCACAGUGGCAGCCCUCGCCUCAGUCUCUACUUUCUUUGGCCGUCUCUCGCCGUCACGGGCUCGCUAUCGCUCGCGGCCUCAUCUAUGCUCCAUCGCCCUCACCUCCACCCUCUAUUGUCUUCCGUCCACACUUGUCAAAACGUGUCGAUAAGAGUGAACCACGUGUUGGAAAAUCCAACACGCAUUGACUGUGUGUUUGAGCGUAUCCGAGCGUGUCAACAUGGAAGCACGUGUGAACAUACCAGCGAGGUUGCUCCACGUGCCAUGGGUUCAAGACAUAAUGAAGGAGAACCCGACCACGGUUCCGGAGAGAUAUGUCCGCGACGAUCUAGAGCCCGUGAUCAUGGGCGCUUGUUCUGGCUUGCAGCUCCCCGUGAUUGACUUGGGGAGGUUGGUUUCGGAGGACUGCGCGAAGCUAGAGCUCAAGAAGCUGCACCAUGCGUGCAAAGACUGGGGCUUCUUUCAGCUGAUAAAUCAUGAAGUGAGCCCUAAGUUGAUAGAGAAAGUGAAGAAGGGGACCGAAGAGCUGUUCAACAUGCCAAUGGAAGAGAAGAAGAAGUUUUGGCAGAGAGACGGCGAAUCGAGCGGCUUCGGACAGGCCUUUGUGUUCUCGGAAGACCAAAAGCUUGAUUGGGCUGACAUCUUCUACAUGUUCACUCUCCCUGCUUCUAUGAGGAAGCCUCACUUAUUUCCCAAACUCCCCCUUCCCUUCAGAGACGAUCUGGACGCCUACUCGAAGGAAACAAAAACCCUAGCAAUAAAGCUCCUCUACCUCAUGGCGAAGGCCUUAGGAAUGGAAGCAAAGGACCUUGAGGGUAUAUUCGAAGAUGGGUUGCAAUCGAUGAGGAUGAAUUAUUACCCGCCGUGUCCGCAACCCGAGCUCGUGAUGGGCCUCAACUCUCACUCUGAUGGCGACGCGGUUACCAUCCUCCUCCAGGUCAACGAAAUGGAGGGCCUCCAGAUAAGGAAAUAUGGGAAGUGGGUUCCUGUGAAACCUCUCCCCGGUGCUUUCAUCAUCAAUGUUGGAGACGUUGUUGAGCAGAUUAUAACAAAUGGGAUUUACCAGAGCAUCGAGCAUCGAGCAACAGUGAAUGCAGUGAAGGAGAGGAUCUCCAUUGCAACGUUCUUCAGUCCGAGAAUGGAUGCUGAGAUCGGUCCUGCGUCGAGCCUCAUCACCUCGGAAACCCCAGCAAUGUUCAGGAGGAUAACAGCGGCAGAACAUCUGAAGGGCUAUCUAUCAAGGGAGCUCAACGGAAAAGCUUAUCUCGACGCCAUGAGGGUUCAGAACAACGAAACCUAGAAGUGCCGAGUUCUAUCCAUUGAGUAUGGAUGUGAAAAUGGUGAUACGUGGAAUGGUGAUGCAACCUGAUUAUAUGAUAUCGGUUUGAUAUUUAGGGAGGUCCUUUUUGAGAAAGACAAUAAUGACUUGAAAAAACUUCUUGUGAUUCUCAUCUAUUGCUUGUCUGAACUAUCAAACAGUCUUCUAAAAUCCAAGGCAUUGAUUUUUUGCUC